CCAGGUGGACUACCACUACUACCGGAGGCCCGGAGCGUUUUCGCACCAUUUCGAGUCUCUCGCCCGGCCGUGUCAGCGGCAGCUCGGCAGGAUCAAGGAAGAGAGGAGGAAGAGACCGCGACUACCGGAGCUCGUCGAGGACACGAAGGACGGCGUGAACAUGGCUGGACCGAAGAUGCAGCUCGUUCUUUCCGCUGUGGUGGCCGCCUCCCUGUUCGGCUCGGUGCUGACACAGCAGCAGCAACGGAAGCCCCACAUCGUGGUCAUCCUCGCCGAUGACUUGGGCUGGAACGACGUGAGCUUCCACGGCUCGGACCAGAUCCCGACGCCCAACAUCGACGCGCUCGCGUACAACGGCGUCAUCCUGAACCAGCACUACGUGCCGGCGCUGUGCACGCCGUCCCGGGCCUCCCUCAUGACGGGGAAGUACCCCACGCACACCGGCAUGCAGCACCUGGUGAUCCUGGAGCCGGAGCCCUGGGGGCUGCCGCUGGAGGAACGCCUGCUGCCCGAGUACCUGUCGGACCUGGGCUACCGGACGCACGCCGUCGGCAAGUGGCACCUGGGCUACCACCGGCGCGAGUACACGCCGACGCAGCGGGGCUUCCGCUCGCACUUCGGCUACUGGAACGGCUUCCAGGACUACUUCGACCACACCGUCAAGGCCACGGUGAGUGUGUACGGGCGCGCGUGGCAGCGGCGCGAGUCUAGUUUCGACAGACACGCGCUGUCGGUGCGCGUAUAGGAGUCGCUGACCCGC